AUGCUGCGGUUUUUGAGUAGAAAGCGGGGUCGGAAUGAUCCUAAAGCACGAAAUAUCAAAGCCGGGGCUGAACGGUUAAACCCUCCCAAUAAGCAUUGUAUGCAAUGUAGGGUUAUGCUUUUAGAUGGAACAGACCUAUGCAUUGAACUAUCUAAAAAAGCUGUUGGUAGUGAUUUAUAUGAACAAGUAUUUUAUUCAUUGGAUUUGAUUGAAAAAGAUUAUUUCGGUUUACAGUUUACCGAUGCAAAUCAUGUGCAGCAUUGGCUUGAUCCUACAAAAGCAAUAAAAAAACAAGUUAGAAUUGGACCACCAUAUACAUUUCGACUACGUGUAAAAUUUUAUUCUUCCGAACCAAAUAUGCUGAGAGAAGAAUUAACCCGAUAUCAGUUUUUUCUUCAACUUAAAUUAGAUAUUCUUGAAGGACGUCUUGAAUGUCCUCAAAAUACUUGUAUUGAAUUAGCAGCUUUAGCUCUACAAUCUGAACUUGGUGAUUAUGAUGAAACUUGUCAUACACCUGCUGUUAUAUCAGAAUUUAGAUUUGUACCAAAUCAAACUGAAGAUAUGGAAAUACAAAUAGUAGAAGAGUUCAAAAAAUGUAAAAGUUUAACUCCAGCUCAAGCAGAAACUAGUUAUUUAAACAAAGUAAAAUGGUUAGAAAUGUAUGGAGUUGAUAAUCAUACUGUUUUAGGUAAAGAUGGAUGUGAAUAUGCCCUUGGUUUAACACCAACUGGCAUUUUAGUUUUUGAAGGUCUUCAAAAAAUUGGUCUCUUUUUUUGGCCAAAAAUUGGUAAACUGGAUUUCAAAAAGAAAAAAUUGACGUUAGUUGUUGUAGAAGAUGAUGAUCAAGGACGUGAGCAAGAGCAUACUUUUGUAUUCCGGUUACAUAAUGAAAAAGCAUGUAAACAUUUAUGGAAAUGUGCAGUUGAACAUCAUGCAUUUUUUAGACUUAGAGCUCCUGUUAAAGGUCCAUCAGCUAGACAAAAUUUUUUCAGAAUGGGUUCAAGGUUUAGAUAUAGUGGUAAAACUGAGUUCCAAACAACUCAGUUAAAUAGAGCAAGAAGAACAGUUCAAUUUGAAAGAAGGCCAAGUCAAAGAUAUGCAAGAAGACAGUCACAUGUUCUAAGAGAACGACAAAAAGAUAAAACCGACAAAUCUAAAUCAACUGAUGAGAAUGAUAAAGUUGAAAAAUUAAACAUCAUGGAUAAACCUCCUACUCCAAUUUUAGAUUCUAAAGAUAUUCAUCUUGAACCUACAUCUUCAUUGACUUCAAAUUCUUCUGAUAUUGCUGAAGAUAGGUUAGACUCAUUAUUAAAGAGUUUAAACAAAGACACUCCUUUAGUAAAUAACAAUAUAAAUGAAUCAAAUUCAAUUGAUAAAAUAAAUAAAAUUGAUGAUUUUGGCAAAGAUCAAAACCAUCCCGCAUCUCCUUUACCUAACAAUCGAACCAUUUCAUUUAAUAAUACUCCAAGACCAAUUCCUAAAGAACAAUUGAAAUGCAAUAUUUUAAAAGCCAAAGUUGAAGAAGAAAUGAGAAAAUCUCCUUUAUCCAUGUUUGAUCCAUUAUCUAAAGUAAUCAACUCUCAAGAUAAUAAUUUAUUACAUAAUGGAGAAUGUAACCUAAGUUCUAAAUCUAGUUUGUCUGGUAAAGAACAAGCAACAUUUGUGUCUGUUGGUGGAGAUAAGCUGACUUUAUCACUUAAUGGUGGUAUUGCAGCAACAGAAGAAACUAAGCAAUCAUUGGAUGAUCAAUCUUUAUCUGAAACUUCUGUAUCUAAAGAAGACCGUAAAAGAUGUGCUACUCCAGUAACAGUUACUCAUUUCUCUUUUGGUGAAUGUGGUAAAUUAGAACAAAGAGUGAUUUCUCCUGAGAGAAGUCCUACAGAAAGUAUGUCAAGUAUUUUGUCCUUACCAUUUAAUGCCACUUCUCCAACUAGCCCUCGCAAUCCUUUUUCGGCAAAUCCAUUUACUGGAGAUUCCCAGACAAUGACUAAUCCAUUCUUAUCACCAUUAUCAAAUCCAUUUUCUGAUAAUAGUAUAAAAAAAGAUUCUACUAAUGGUGUUGUGGUUUCUGUUGUUGAAUCAACUGAUACAAAUGGUAUUGCAAAUUCUGAUACUAAAAUUGCCCAAAAAAUGCAGGAACCUGCUAAGGUGAAGGCUUUAAAUCAAAUUUCACCGUGGUUAGUGAGUAGUGGUACUGAGCCUUCAUCAGGGCCCAAAAUAAUAACCAGAAAAUCUGUAAUCACUACUCAACUUUAA